CUCACCAUUAUUUGCUGGUGGGGUGGGGUGGAGGGCCUUCGCGCCGUCACGUGCUUUGGUGAGUCUCUAGAGCAUUAGGUACGCCCUCAGGUCGCAACAAAGGAACACAGCCUGCCACUGUAAAUUGAAAUGCGUAGCCCGUCAGGACGCGGCGUGCCGUACGCGAGCUUUGAGUACUUCGAGACGUUUACCUGUUCACCAGACAUUAAUUGCGAUCAUGUUCUUUGCGUCUGCCUGAUUUAGGUUCCUUUUGGUUGUUAGGAAUAUCGAAUUCCCACUGUGCAAUAAGCCAUUCGUUGCUUUUUCCCUUGGCUUCCUAAUUGGAACUACCCUGCCACCGCGCGAGGUGCCGUCAUCGGCGGCCAUCAGGGGAGCAUGCAAGUCUUUCGCCUCCGACUAAAUUGCAUCGACCACUACCAAGCCACCCCCACCAGAUACGAUCCCCAGCUGCGCAAACAUGUUCACGACUCGCAGAUGGCAAAGGAGCCAAAGGUGCCCGUCAUUCGCGUCUUCGGGUCGACCGAGACGGGCCAGAAGGUGUGCGCCCACGUCCAUGGCGCCUUCCCCUAUCUCUACGUCGAGUAUCUCGGGAGCUUGGACAAACGCGAAGUGGGCGAAUACAUACGCAGCCUCCAUCUCUCCAUUGAUCACGCCCUGGCCGUCAGCUACCGAAGGCAUGAUGAGAACCGCGCCCAGCCAAAAUUCGUUACGCGCAUCACCCUCGUGAAAGCCGUCCCUUUCUACGGCUUUCAUGUCGGCUACCGCUUCUAUCUGAAGAUCUACAUGCUCAACCCCGCUGUCAUGACCCGACUUGCAGACCUCUUGCAGCAGGGCCUCAUCAUGGGCCGCAAGUUCCAACCCUACGAAGCCCACUUGCAGUAUCUCCUCCAGUUCAUGAUCGACUACAAUCUGUACGGUUGCGGUUAUCUAGAUUCUGCACACGUCCGGUUUCGUGCCCCUGUUCCUGAUUUUGACCAAGAUGUUGAGAAUUCCGGGCCCACCUGGGAUCGCAGUUCUAUUCCCCGUGAAAUCAUCACCGAAGACUACGGCCUCCCGCGAGUUAGCCACUGUGCCUUGGAGGUCGAUCUCUGCGUUCAGGACAUUCUAAACCGUACAGCCGUGAGAGAGCGGCCUCUGCAUCACGACUUUAUCGAACGGCAGUACCCCCUGUCCGCCGAUCUCAAACUCGUCCCCAGCAUGGCCGGCCUAUGGGAAGACGAAGCUAAGCGCAGGAAGAAGUGUAUGCGCGUCAAGGCUCCCGGAGGCUCUCCUUUCCCCGCAGAGGCUUUGGUCUCCAUGUCCGCAAAUCCGCGAGAUUCACAGCCUCCUGGUUGGCUACACGAGGAAGAAUACCGCGCUCAAAUCCAACGCUUGAUCCAAGACGAAGGUUUGGAGGAUGGGGCCGAUCUUUCUUUCUCCGACUACCUCGAACCGGACCCCCUUAGAGCCAGUGUGAAGACGGUGUUCCAGUCUGUGGAAGAUCUAUUCCCGGAUAAUCUGCUGCCUGCCCUUGGCCUCGAUGACAAGAUCCUAGGCGCAAACCUGAAUGUCGCCAAUAGCAGCGUCGAAGUGGACGAGGAAGGGAUCCUUGAGCUUGAGAUGGACGAAGAAACCAGGCAGCUCUUUCUAGAUGAUUUGGAUGACGACGGGACGGCCGAGGCCCAAGUCAUUGGCAAAGCUGCUGAGCUGAAACCCGAGCGCAAAAAGAACUUAGACGGGGCUGCUGUAGAAAAUGUCCCUGAUGCAAUCGGCGGAGAGUUAAAGCCCGACAAAAUCCCUUCCGAACAACAUCUGACGUCCAAGAUAGAGAUCGAACUGAUGAGGACCGUCUACGGCCUUGGCGGCUUUUGUAUCAGCGGUCUACGUUCUGGAAAACGGCCCCAAAUUCCACUAUACAAUGGUCUGGUUGCUGAGGCCAAGGCAAUGGGCCUCACAACGAAACUCGAUGAUCCCGGGCACUCUGACACAAAUGAGGUAUUCGCUGCCAAGCGUCAGCGAUCAGAACUAGAAGAGGGCCUGCCGCCGAAGCGGCAGAAGCAGGACAAGUCGGUCCAUGAACCUGAAGCGAGGAACGACAUUCGUAAGAUCGAGCCAAGGAAAUCAUCGCAGCCAGAGGAAUCGGCCAAGCCAUAUACUACCAAAAGCGAUCUUACAAGGCAGUCUGGAAACCAGACACUCGGCUUUUCCGUUGUCAAAGAUGCCCAAAAUCCCAACACAAAACUAAGACUGAGCCAACAGAGCGGCUCACAACGCAGUCAGGGUGAUGCGAUAGAAAUGCACGUGUCAUUCGAUCCGCUGCUAUCCAUUCAGGAGGCCGGUUCCAAUACCGAAAAUGGGUCAACGAAGGCGCCUGCAUCACGAACUUCUCUCUCCAACUCAGCUUCAACUGGCACUGUCUCGACUUCGCAACUUGUCUGGAAUGGCUCAACCAAGAUCUUCUUGCUUGGUUGUAUGCCUCCGUCGCGGACAGAGGUCUUGGCCACAAUGCAAAGCAACAACUUACCGGAUGUCAUCUAUCAAGAUGCAUUUUAUAGCAUGGAUAAAGAUGUUCCCUCUCGACCCAGAGAGUACGCAGGGCGAGAAUUUCGACUAGGUGGCAAAAGUGUCCCGUAUCUACCCGAAUUCGAUGCCACAGGCCAAUCUCUGGCUACAUUCGGUAUAAGACCAGAAUUUAUUCCUGACGCCUCUAAAAUGGAGUCUGAGUUUUCGAGGCAGCGGAAAUUAUGCACCAUAAAGAGCUGGGAAAUAGCCGAACCGCCUCCAACCUAUAACGAACUCAGUACUUGGUGGACUGAUAAACAAAGACCUCGUCAGGCGAAACAACUUGGCUCUGCCAAUCCACAGGCAACGCAGGCUGCGAGGCCAGAGCUAUCCCAAAUCGUCGGACCUACACCUAAGAACAAAUACGGAUUCAAGUACUCCCAGAAACGGAAGUCGACAAGCGUUGAGCACGGGGCACAAUAUAUGAGUACUAUGAGCCUUGAGGUACAUGUCAAUACCAGAGGCAAAUUAGUGCCAAAUCCCGAAGAAGACAAAGUCCAAUGCAUAUUCUGGUCUGUCAGGUCCGACGAGAACUCUCUGCGCAGCAGCCAGUUGCCAGACAACACCCAGGCUGGCAUCAUUGUCCUCACCGAAGAUGAGUCGUUCUCCAAACGAAUACAACAUGAGAGAAGCACUGUCGAGGUCGUCCAGGAAUCCUCGGAGCUAGAGGUCAUGUCCAGAAUAGUAGAAAUCGUGCGGUCCCAUGACCCAGACAUUCUCACAGGAUACGAAGUUCAUGGUGGCUCUUGGGGUUACCUCAUUGCGCGGGCAAGGUUCAAAUACGACUACGACUUGUGUGAUGAGUUCUCUCGCAUGAAGUCAGCGUCGAACGGGAGGGAGGGACGAGAAGCUGACAAAUGGGGCUUCAACACGACAUCGGCGAUUCGAGUCACCGGCAGGCAUAUGAUCAACAUCUGGAGAGCGAUGCGAGGCGAGCUGAACCUGCUUCAGUAUACCAUGGAGAAUGUGGUCUGGCAUCUGCUUCACCGCCGCAUCCCUCAUUAUCCUUGGCAAACAUUGACGAAUUGGUACCAAAGCAAACGUCCCAGAGACCUUGGCAAGGUUGUCCGACAUUACUUGACAAGGACCCGAUUAGAUCUCGAGAUUUUGGAGGCCAACGAGCUAAUUGCUCGCACAAGCGAGCAAGCUAGACUUCUCGGGGUGGACUUUUUCUCCGUCUUCUCUCGAGGCUCGCAGUUCAAGGUCGAGUCAAUCAUGUUCAGGAUCGCCAAGCCGGAGAACUUCAUCCUUGUGUCCCCCAGUAGGAAGCAGGUCGGGGGCCAGAAUGCCCUGGAAUGUCUCCCUUUGGUGAUGGAGCCCCAGAGCGCAUUCUACAACAGCCCCCUGGUGGUUCUGGAUUUUCAAAGCCUGUAUCCCAGCGUCAUGAUUGCGUACAACUACUGCUACUCGACGUUCCUCGGCCGAAUUGUCAAUUGGCGGGGCUCGAACAAGAUGGGGUUUGCCGAAUACCAGAGAAGGGAGGGCCUCCUCCGCCUCUUGGAAAAAUACAUCAACAUAGCUCCCAACGGAGUAAUGUACACCAAGCCCGAGAUUCGGAAAUCUCUCCUCGCCAAGAUGCUCACCGAGAUCUUGGAGACGCGCGUCAUGGUCAAAAGCGGCAUGAAAGAGGAUAAAGAUGACAGGACUCUGCAGCGUCUUCUCAACAACCGGCAGCUGGCGCUCAAACUGCUUGCCAAUGUCACGUAUGGCUACACGUCAGCAUCCUUCUCGGGUAGGAUGCCAUGUUCUGAGAUCGCCGACAGCAUCGUACAGACAGGGCGUGAGACACUCGAGCGCGCCAUUGCGUUCAUCCACUCUGUCGAACGAUGGGGCGCUGAAGUGGUUUACGGCGACACUGACAGUCUUUUCAUCUACCUCAAAGGGCGUACUCGCGAGCAGGCGUUCGACAUCGGAGCCGAGAUAGCCAAGGAGAUCACAAACAUGAACCCGCGACCUAUCAAGCUCAAGUUUGAGAAGGUGUAUCAUCCUUGCGUUCUUCUCGCCAAGAAGCGCUAUGUCGGGUACAAAUUCGAGAGCCGCGAGCAAACUAUCCCCGAGUUCGACGCGAAGGGCAUUGAAACUGUCCGCCGAGACGGUACGCCCGCGGAGCAGAAGAUCGAGGAGAAGGCGCUCAAGAUAUUAUUCGAGACAGCCGACUUGAGCCAGGUCAAGGAGUAUUUCCAGACCCAGUGCGCCAAAAUCAUGCGAGGCACCGUGUCCGUCCAAGAUUUCUGCUUCGCAAGGGAGGUUAAGCUCGGCACAUAUAGUGCCAAAGGCCCAGGGCCGGCCGGUGCGCUCAUCAGCACCAAGCGUAUGCUCAAGGAUGCCCGCGCCGAGCCUCAGUACGGCGAGAGAGUUCCAUACGUGGUGAUAUCAGGAGCCCCGGGCGCGCGGCUGAUUGACCGCUGCGUCGCCCCUGAGGACCUGCUGAACAGUCCCGACGCCUCCCUCGACGCUGAGUACUACAUCUCCAAGAACAUCAUCCCGCCCCUCGAGCGCAUCUUUAACCUAGUCGGCGCCAACGUCCGCGCAUGGUACGACGAGAUUCCCAAGGUUAAGCUCGUCCGUCGCGUUGACGCCUCUGUGGGUUCUGCGCUAGGGGGGCGUGCUGGUGAUGGCGCCAGUGGUGGCGUCAACAAUACCAAGAAAAAGACGCUCGAAUGGUUCUUGCACGCAACGUCGUGUAUUGUCUGUGCUGUCAAGAUCAAGAGCGGCCCUGGUGGGGCUGCGGGAUCAGCAGGUACAAACGCGGCGAAUCUUCCCAUCUGCCGCCGCUGCGCCGAAGACACGGCUAAGUCAGUGCUCCAUUUGCAGAUGCGCCUAAACAUGGAGCACCGCAAGCUCACCGACGUCAUCAAGGUCUGCCAGACCUGUGCUGGACUCUCCCCUCAGGAAGAUGUUCUAUGUAACAGCGGAGACUGUCCCGUGUUCUACACGCGCGUCAAACAAGCACGGAAAUUCCGCACCGAGAGCACUGUCGCAGAGCCGCUUGUCCGGCAGUUAGCAGAGCGGAAGAUUGGACCACCGAGCUUGGAUUGGUGAUUAUGGGUGGCAUUUUUGGCGUUUUUCUUUCCCUCCCCUUUUUGGCUGUGGUAUAUUGCAUAGGAUUGGAGCAUUGGCGGGUCGGCAUUCAUGGACGAGGGUACUGGGUCAUAGUCUAUGUGUAUGUACAUGUACGUGACGAUUACGAAAUGGGUGGUAGGUAUGGGUGAGAUGAACCGUUUGGCAUUAUAAACCAAUAAAUAACGGAGAAGGGUGCCAGCAUCGAAACAGGCACACGAUUACCACCUCUUUAGAAGAGUUCCUUCAAGUUUUAUAAUAAAAGGCACCUCUGGUGCGUCUCUCGACA